AUAGAUUCAACGUAAUAACUACCUGUUUUAUUGUGUUUUUUUUCAAGUUAGUUAUAAUGUUUAAUUAAAGGAUUCGCUUUUAAGCAAAUUUUUUAGUUAAAUGAACGGGUAAUGUUCCAGAUUUGGUACUUGAAAGCGUACUUGAAACAAAAUGUCAGACAACCCAGAGAAGUGUGCAUAUUACUUAAGAAUUGUGAGAUUUACCGUGGAUGCUGGAACAGAAGCUGUGAGAGAACUGUUGUAUUACUACAAGGCAAAGCGUAAUCUAGCUGCUUUCUUCGCAGGCAGAACUAUUUCCGACGAGUUAAAGUUACUAAAACGGAAACAUGUUCUCAGCAACGAACAGUAUCAAAGAGUAAUUGCAAGUUCAGAUGCAGAUGAUUUUGACUUGUCACUACUCCUAACCCUCUUAACAAACAUUUUUGCUUGUAUGAUAGAAACUCCCGUGAAUGGCUGGAGUAAACCUGUAGACGAGCAUGAUACAUCCACAGGAGCUGAUCUGUUGCGUCUAAAAGACUUGCGGAAUUUGAUUAUUGGUCACAAAACAAAUGCUCGUCUUAGCUCAGAAGAAUUCGAAAAACUUUGGGGGCAGCUUGAGAACAUUUUGACACGAAUUUUAAAGUUGGUUGAUGGUGGGAGUGAAGACAAAAUCAGAGAAAGACUGGGUGAAUAUAAAACUAAGGCGCUGGAGCCGAGCGGAGAAACUGAGCAAAAAUACCUUGAUUUGAUACAGCACUGGUAUGACGAAUUCACUACACAGCAAAAUGAGGUUGAAAAGCUAUGUGACAGAACAGAAGAAUUUUGUCUUUUGUUCAAGAACAAAAUCCCGGAGCGAUACUCGCGCUAUGUUCUACUUCUUUGUGAGGGUGGACUGCUAGUUUUGACCAGUACACUGCAUAGAAAAUUGCAAGAACAGAAGACAGACCUCAAGACUCUUCUGAAGAAAAAUCGUGCCGUGCUCAGACGUACUGGGAAAAAUGUUCAACCACUGAUAUUUAGAAAGACUGGUGAGAUCAACACUGAUGUAUCAUCCUGGGGAUUAUCACUUUUUGCAGAAAUAUUAUUAUCCAUAUUUCACUCUGACCUCACUUUGCUUGAAAGUAGGGCAAUACAUGCCAUUAAAGAAGCGAGCGAAAACUAUGCAAGAAGUGCUUUGGCAUCGCUUGAUAGUGACAAAUUUAGAACAUACUGGACAGACAUCAUAUCAAACAUCACUAUUCUAAGCGCUCAGCAGGAUGAAAGAACACAGAUGGAAUGUCAGAAACUAAUAAAGAAACAUGACAAGGAGCCUAUCAAUGAAGAUGCGGUGAAACUAUAUUUAUCGCAACUUCUUCAAGAUUGCCGACCUCUGAACAGUCUCAUCGCACUUUACAAAGAAACCAGAAACAAACUGAAAAUAGCGGUAGAAACAUUGCAAAAGGAAGGCGUUGACUUUGGAAAAGAGAAAGCACUAGAUCUUAAAAUGAUGACUGUUGGAAAGGCGGAGGAAAAGAAAGAACUUGCAGAAGAUAUAUUAUACACAGUCUGGCAGAAGGCCGUCAAUAUGAGUGACGGGUCUGAUGAUUUUCCAACGAUAAAAGAAGCAGUGAACAAGAUAUUAGAGAGAAUAAAAACAAUACCUGAUGUCACAAUAGCAAAUGUUGAAAAGCACUGCAUAAUUCUGACUCUUCACUGUGCAACAACUACCGGGUUCCUAAGUCUCCAUGAUUAUUUGAAAUGCGAAUCGUUUUUUGAAACGUUUGAAUGCAUCAGUGCAUAUUUUAGCGACUUAUAUGGCGAAAAUAUCACCGUAACAGCGUUUGUUACAUUAGAAAGCAUGCAAAAUGCACUAGAUACACUGUACGAGGAAGACACAGGGGACGAUGACCUAUGCACACGGCUUCAGCUCAGAUGCACUUCUGUGAAUGCAAUGAAAAAUGUACAAAGAAUGCUUGAAGACGAUGAAACUGCAAAUGCCGUAAAUCAGCUUGCACAAGCCAUUUCUGAGCACGUUGACGAAAAUAUUUCAGUUGAAAGUUCACUUGAAAUGGGUGGUUUAGGUGAGGUUUUUGCAAACCCAUUGCAAUGUUUAUCUCGUUCUCAAUGGCAACCAUACCUCCUACCUCGUAUCGGUACAUCAUUGAGAACACUAAUCGCUUCUCCGCAUCUAGCUUACUUGCAACGACUUGUUGAUGAUAUCCAACAUCCCGAUCUAAAAACGUAUUCAAGAUAUCGGGAACCAAUAAUUAUGGCCUCCUCUUCGUCGGAAGAUGAAGAUGAAAGUGUUCAUCCCCAUGUCUCUGUCCACCGUUCUCGUUCCCUGGACACAGAACGCUUUUUAUCAGAGUUACAUCCACUUGAAAUAAGCGAUGAUGCACGCGAUAACAUCCGUUUAAUUCAAAAUCAGCGUACUAGCUUUGAAAAUUCGCCCUCAGAGUCAAGAAUGGACUCACCAAACUAUAUACAGGAAACACAGGGCGAUUCAUUUAGUGUAUUCAACUGGGAUGAUCUCAACAUCCGCAGAAAUCCGAACAAAGACUCAAGCCGCUCCAGUUCAGUUUGUUCAUUUGCAUAAGGAUUGUUUUUCGUGAUAUGAUAAGUGAAUUGUUGCAAGUUUGAAACAGAAUCGGAAACAUAUCGCGGUUUUGUAGUUUACAUUUGGGUAUGGAAAACAUGGACAUGUUUAAAAUGUGUUUAAGCAGAAUGCAUCCGUAUGUAUAAUAAACACAACGAUGUAUAGGUAUCAAGUCAACUCUAUCCCAGUUAACUCGUCCACGAUUUGGUCAUUGUGUCCCCCAAAAUUGGUUAUUUCGUCCCCCUCCUGAUAAAAUUUUGUCAUCUUGUCCCCCUUUUGUUCAACUCGUCCCCCUUUUGGUCAAUUCGCCCCCCUUUAAUAAUUUUGUCCCUCUAAAAUUAUGAGACAUUUUUACUUUUUUAUGAUAUCUUUGACUUUGAAAAUUGGUAUUUAAAAUCGUGAGUUUUGACGGAGUUAUAUUGGAAAUGGUUAACUUUAAAUAAUUAGGUUGGUUAAAAUAAUAAAAGAAAUAUACUGAAAAUAUAAAACAAUUAACUGUAAUAAAAUAAACAAGAGUGCCAGAAUGUCAAUAUACGCCCGUCACAACAAAUUUCUUUACAUUAGCACCUGUAUUUGCAAAUGGAAUUUUAAUUUUAUGGUUGUUUACAAUGAUUUUGUUUAGUAAUUAUUGUAAUUUUUCUUUUUUUUUCUAAGUCCACAAAAGAUCUCCUUACCAGGUAGAGAUACCUUAAAAUACAUCUACAAUUUGAAAGUAACAUCUAUGUUGUACCACAGAAAAGUGGCAUUGGUUUUACCUACGGGUCAAUUAUAAAAAAAAGUUACAAUGUAAGUUAUUUUAUUUAUAGUAACAACUAAGGGAAGUUAAUCUUUAAAAAAAAAUCCCCCUUAAAAAUUGUAAGUCCACACAAAAAUCCUUACCAGGUAGAGAUAUGUCAAAAUACACAUCAAAAUUGGAUGUAACAUGCAUGUUGUACUAUAGAAAAGUGUCGAUUUUUCCUUAUGACUAGUAACGAAAAAGUUACAAUAUAACCUAUUUAAAGAAACAACAAAGGGAAGUAAUUCUAAAGGGGCUUGUGCAUGACACUCCGUUUCAUGAUGGUGUACAAUUGUGCCAAGUUACAUCAAAAUCCCUCCAUGCAUGAAGAAGAAAUGCUCUGGACAAAGUCAUUCUUGUAUCUGAUUUUUGGCCUCUAAGUGUGACCUUGACCUUAGACCUAGACCUAGUUCUUGCGCAUGACACUCCGUCUCGUGGUGUUGAACAUUUAUGCCAAGUUAUAUCAAAAUCCCUCCAUGCAUGAAGAAGAAAUGCUCCGGACAAAGUUUUCAUUCUCGUAUCCUUUCACCUCUAAAUGUGACCUUGACCUUAGACCUAGGGACCUGGUUCUUGCGCAUGACACUCCGUCUUAUCAUGGUGAACAAUUAUGCCCAUAUGCAUCAAAAAUCCUCCAUGCAUGAAGAAGAUAUGCUCCGGACAAUGUCAUUCUUGAAUUUGACCUCUGACCUCCAAGUGUGACCUUGACCUUAGACGAAGGGAUCUGGUUCUUGCGCAUGACACUCCGUCUCAUGAUGGUGAACAAUUGUGCCAAGAUUCAUCAAAAACCCUCCAUGCAUGAAGAAGAUAUGCUCCGGACAAAGUCUGUGCCCUUCCCGCCCAUCCGCCCGCCAGGGGCGUUCCCAUAAUACGUCCCGUUUUUCAAACGGGCUUAUAAAAAUAAAUACAAUGUCUUUAGUACUACAAAUAUAAAAUAAUAAUUUAAUUUUUUAAGAAUCAUAGUAAGAAAAGAGAGAGGGCAAUAAAUCUUUAUCCCUGGUCAUAAUAAAAGAAAGUCUUAAUUAGAAAUACAAUAAAAAUAAAUAAACAACUGAUAUCUGUCACAUUAUGUAUUACUAAAGGUAAACAACAUGCUUUUUAUCCAUUUUUGACAUUAAGAUAAAAAACAAAAACUUCGAAAGUCGGGGGACAGGGGUUUCUAAAAAAGUAGAAUGAGCCUAUAACUAUAUAAAAGGUGUUAAAGGUUAUUAAUCACGUUAAAAGUCGUUGACUGGGCUGAUUGGAAGGUGUUAAUUGUAUUUAACUGCAUGAGAAGCUGUUGAUUGAAUGAACUUUGUUAAUAGUUGAUUAUUUGUUAUAAAGUUAUAAAAAAAUCUUAUUCAAGAGUUUGAAAAUAAGCAGCAUCAAAUACGAACAUUAAAAAGCAAUCAUGUUGUAGCAGGCUAACAAAAAACA